GUCACACCAUGUCAGCACCUACAGCUCUUCGCCAGCCUGAAGUUCCAGGGUUUCAACCCGAGAAUGUCUCUUAUGACCAGGGUGAUGAGAUCUUGAUUGAUGCACACGCUUCGACUGAUGCAAUCAACCCCGUCGUCGAGUCUACCGAUGACAGUGAAAUGCGAAUCGACGAGGAAGGUCGUCCUGUCUUCACUCCUGCCAAGGACGUCGCCACUGCGUAUCGGAUCGAGACACGAAAAGUGCCUGUUCCUCCUCAUCGGAUGACACCACUCAAAGCGAACUGGACCAAAAUUUGCCCCCCAUUGUGGAACAUCUGA